GGCGAAACGGCGUUCUAAAAGUAGCGUUAAAAAAAAAAGGGGGAGAGGAAGAGGAGGAGGAGCCGCCGGCGGCAGCUGAGAAAAUAUGCAGAUCUUCGUCAAAACCCUGACCGGAAAGACCAUAACUCUAGAGGUCGAGUCCUCGGACACCAUCGACAAUGUCAAGGCCAAAAUUCAAGACAAGGAAGGGAUUCCUCCGGACCAGCAGCGGUUGAUUUUUGCUGGAAAGCAGCUGGAGGAUGGCCGUACUCUUGCUGAUUACAAUAUCCAGAAAGAGUCGACCCUCCAUUUGGUUCUGAGGUUGCGGGGAGGGAUCAUUGAGCCCUCUCUGAUGGCUCUAGCUAGAAAAUACAAUCAGGACAAGAUGAUUUGCCGCAAAUGCUAUGCUCGUUUGCAUCCUCGUGCUGUUAACUGCCGGAAGAAGAAAUGCGGGCACAGCAAUCAGUUGAGACCAAAGAAGAAGAUCAAGUAGACAUGCUGCAGAGUUCUGAGCCAACGAGUUAUAUUUGUCUGGUGUUACAUCUUUUAGUGCUUGUUUGGAUUUACAAAAAAUUUUGCGGACAGAGCCAGAUAUGGACCAUUUUGUUUGCUUAACCGUAAUCUUGAGGAUUUGAAUAUUCAAGAUA